AUGGCGUCUUCGCCCAGGAUCAGUACCACACCUGUUGACGAUGAUCUGAUGUAUUUCUCGCCAUGGAUAAUAUCGACAAUCUUUGCGGAACUUCGUGUCACGGCGCGGGCUCGAGUUUCACUGCAGGAAUGCCAGAGUCCGCCGGUGCCGACGGCACUACCGCAAUUGAUGUUCGACUUCUCUCGUCGGACUUCCCCGUCGCCCGAGCACCCCGCCGAGCACGUCGACUCCGCCGUCGGCGAGCCCUUCCGACUCUCCAUGCAGGAUUCUGAGUGGGAAGUGGAAGCACACUCUGCGUUUAUGCAGGCGACGGCCGAUUACUUGCCGCUUGCUGUCGGCGUGCUUUUCGCACCGGCUUUUUGCAGGUACAUCUCAACGGUUUUCGGUCACUUGCCCAGAACAGACGCAGUCCUAGUGGAGGUCUCGUCCCUCAUUCUCGUCUCCGAUGACUCUUCGCCCAUCGACCAACUCCGGCUCGCGUUGCCUGGGGAAGAGUAUAGUUUGCUGUACGGCUACGACGACCCCGACGAAACCGACGACAUCGACGAUGCCGACUCCGGUGGACGGCCCAGACCGGCGUCUGCUGCGGCCGUGGAAGGCCUAAAAACGGUGAACGUAAUGGAAGAGGGAUCCUGCUCGAUUUGUCUGGAGGAUUUCGAGGUAGAGGUUUGUGUGUUGAUAAUGCCUUGUAGCCAUGCGUUUCACGAGACGUGCUUGAAAAAGUGGCUGGGGCGGAGUCAUUCCUGCCCUCUCUGUCGCUUCCUGCUUCCUGAAGCAGAGUAG